GCAAAGAAGGAUCAGGGGUAAAGGUAAGAAGUACCUAUCUAAGGUACCUAACCUAGGAUAUCUGGCAUAUCAGGUACCUGCCGAUCUAUAGAUGUACCUAUCCAGCAGCGGGAAGAACAUAUAGGAGGUACCUGUCUACCUUAGGCGCCUGACUUCCAGCGAGCGAGGAGGGCCACCACCACCACUCCCUCGUCGAUGGAAUCCGAUACGGUUUCGUAUACUUCAUCGCGAAUCCCACAUCCUUUGGGCGCUCGCACGCCUCAUUCUCGGUCGGUGGUGGUUUAUGUGUUGAGUAGCUACCUAGGCACAUGUCAGCGUGUUCCACGCAGGUCGUUUCUCCCCUUCUUAACCACCCCCGCUUCGCCUGGCCUGCCCCUCGCCGAAUCGCCUUCUAUCCGACAGAGGGAGAUGACAGACACAGGCCCGGGGAGCAGACACAGAGACAGAUAGAUAAUAACCCUUGUCUCGCCCAACCGGCCCAGGUCAUCCAACUGGCCUCGCCCGCUUUCCUUCUCGCCAGUAAUUCUUCGUCGAGACUACGGCCACUGCUGGUUCUGCUACGGCGAGCACGCUCCCGCACCAACCGCCGGCCAACCAAACCAGACGGUAUACCGUUGCGCUCUAGUGUCUUGUCGCCGUCACAUUAUCGAGGUCCACUCCUGGCAAAUCCGGUCUCGACAAGACGGGGCCCCAUAUCUCUUUACACAGAGACCCGACGGGUUUUAUCCACUGUCACUGCAACGGCAGCUCUACCUCUCUCCUCCCUCCUCCUCCUCCUCCUCUUCUUCUUCUUCUCUCUUCUCCCUUUCCCCCUCCCCCUCUCCCUUACUCCCCCCCCUUCAAGUAAGAGAGAGUCUGUCGAGCUUUUUGGCAUUUCCCCACUCGUCCACACACAUACGCUCAUUCUCUCUCUCUCAUAUCCCGUCUUCACACUCCUUUCUUUUUUUUCGCCCUUCCCAUCUGCGCCGUCGAGCCCCUCGCAGCUUGUCCUGCUGGCUUAUACCUAUAUCGAGACUGGUUCACCUGCCUACCUGGUUGCCGUGGUCGCACAACCCCCCGAUCACCGAGGAAACUCGAGAGGAGUUUUUGUCGACUCUUUGGACCAUCCACUCCGAAUAUCUCCCUGCCCGCUCCCCCAUACCCGUAUACCUAGGUUCCUCCUAUCUUCCACCACCACCACAACCUACCUACAACCUGCAGAGCAGCUGGCAUCUUUCCCCCCGCUGAGUAAUCGCAAUCCGACCCUCUGGACUCGUACUCGGCCAAACUACCUUGGUUGUCGUGGUCCAUUAGCCGAAAGCCGUGUAGCGAUGCACCCUCCUCUAGUCGUGAGCCGGCCACACGCGCAGCUUCAGACUACGAACAAAGGCGCCAAGACCCAGCUUGAUCCGGUGUACCUCCUGUCACUUCCUCCCCCUAGGUUGGGAGGGACCGGACGAAACGUCUGAAGUUCUGUAACACGGAGAGACAACUCUAUGCACUCUUUGGCCUCAACUCCAUCCGAGCGUCCUCCCUCAGUCCUCCCUCGCGGUCCGAUCACGUACCUAACCGCAACUCCGACGCGCCAAAGCCGAACACGACGAACAUCGGGAAGCUGUAGCGCUCGGGUCGCCAGCCUCAGAGAAGACAAUUCGGAUCGCAGCGCUGCAAGCACGGCCCACUCGACCCCCCCCCCUUGCGACGGCAUCUCCACC